CUAAAUGGAUAUAAUUAGCAACCGACCUGGGUUGCAUCUGUUGAUUUAGUGACAUCUGCUGGUAUUUAUGACGCGCUUGAUACAACAUGUAAAAAGCUGCAUGGAGACAAAAAAAAAUCUAAUUAGAGAAGAAUGCAACUGAAAUAAUUAGUUGCAGUAAGGUACGUGCCGUUUAUGGGUUUCCUUUUCCAUCAUCCAAAACCAGCACUGACGCACAUAGCUGCCACAUUUUAGAAUAAAUAAAUAAAUAAAUCUUUAGCUAUGCCCAAAUUAAGGAUUGAGUCAUUUAAUUAGAUUUUUUUUUCUUUUUCGCAAUUUCAAGAGAAAUUUAAAACACGUUCAUUAGAGAAGAGGCAUAUUCAAAUAUUUUAUUUAUUUACAAAGAAUUGCAUUUUAAAUUAGUUUUGAGUCAGACGUAUGGAACGUAAUUUACACAUGUAGGCCUACUUUGAUUUUCAAAGAAAUUGGAAAAUUGCGUUUUUAUUUUCAGUGACUUUUUAAUGCACAAACAAUAGGCUAUAAACAGACAAACGCCUAUUUAUAGUACUGCAGUGGUCUCGCACUAAUGAUGUAAACUCAUAUAACAGAGUCCUCUAAUAUACCAUGAUGUUUGUGCGCUAACAAAAAAAUUAAGCAUGGUCAUAUAUGAAGCAUCACUCUGAUAGCUAUGCUUGCGUGUGCAUCACGUGCGCAAUGACCGUAUGACCGCCAGACCCCAGUACUCUUAUUUCGGUAAUUAGCAUCUCUGUGGCCAUAAUGAUCUACUCUUUUCUACGUUUCUUUGAUGCCUUGCUUGUCUGUUUGCUCUUUGGUUUAUGAGUCGAAAAAGCCUGCCGUCAGAAAGGCGCCCCCAACAUGCUGCUUUUCCAGCAGGUCUAUCUUUCCCACGGGACGCAGUGACAUGAGAGCAGGACCUCGGUUCUGAUUAAGAAGGGGGAUGAACAGCUCUCCGCCUGGAUUACGGUUGCUCAGGCCUCCGACAGUGAUAGGCCAGUUCCACACGCUGUUUUUUGGCUCAGUGCGUACAUUUUUCCUUGGAGUCCUUGGAUUCGCCGUCUAUGGCAAUGAGGCCCUCCACUUCAGCUGUGAUCGGGACAAAAGGGAAAUAAAUCUUUACUGUUACAACCAGUUCAGGCCUAUAACACCUCAGGUAUUCUGGGCGUUGCAGCUAGUCACUGUCUUGGUACCUGGAGCUUUGUUUCAUCUUUAUGCUGCCUGUAAAAAUAUAGACCAGGAGGAGAUCCUUCAGCGGCCAGUGUCCACAGGCUUCUACAUCAUCUCUGUCCUGUUGAGAAUAAUUCUGGAAGUCUUAGCAUUUUGGCUUCAGAGCCACCUUUUUGGGUUCCUGGUUGAUCCUGUUUAUAUGUGCGAUCUCAGUGCCCUUGCAAAGAUCUUCAACAUCUCGAAGUGUAUGGUCCCUGGACACUUUGAGAAGACUAUCUUCCUCAGUGCGAUGUACACCUUCACCAUCAUCACCAUACUCCUCUGUAUCGCUGAGAUUUUUGAGAUUCUGUUCCGAAGACUCGGUUAUUUAAACCAGCCAGUGACUUGAGAAUUUAGGAGGUGUUUUGAGUGAUGCUUCAGCAGUGUUUGUUAUGUGUUCGCUGGGUCUCUGAAUGACAGACAGGACAUAAACCCACAUACCUCUGCAUUUUCUGGUGGUAGACACAGAAAUACAUGCUUUUUAAAAGCAAGACAACUUAUCAUUCCUUUUCUGGAAUAAUAUAAAAACAAAACAAGCCUAAUUAUUGGCAAGGUACUCAUUAAUGUUUUUAGCUUUUCAGAUUUUUUAAGCCUAAAAAACACCUCUCUACCAGGAGAGACUCUUUUUUUUACUUGUGUAAUCUAAUCCAAACCCACAUAGAUAUUUGGUAGGUAAUUAUUAUCUUUGCAAUAAUAUUUACAGAUUUUGAUAUUUGAUAUAUAAGUACUACAUAGAUUGCAAGUACUAUUUUGACAAAUAUUAUUUGAUUUCAAUUUCAUUCUUCUUAAGGAAGAAUAAGUACAUGCAAUAGUGCAUCAGUUUCUAAAAACAUUAUGGAAUGAUCAAUGGUAUCUUGUUACAAUCUUGCACAUAGAUAGUAUAUUCAUUAUGCUGUUGAUUUCCAUAUAGUUUUGUGUCCAUUAUCUUGUGUUUGUAGUGUCUGUAUCUGUACGUUUUAUCAGGCAUCCAUCCAACUUUUGUUAUUAUUCUCAGCUAAGUGUUUCAUCUCAGGUACAAAUGGCAUACUGUGAUCUCUUAUUUUGUGUCAGCGGGUUACUAUUUAUUAUAAGAAUACUAUUUAUGCAUAAAUGAAACAUCUGAGGAGAUCUGACAGCAGGUCUGGCCUGCACAUCUUCCCACAGCCUUCCCACUGUUCAACACCACAGCUGUUUGAGUAAUAGCUUUUGUACUGUGUGUAGACAGUUGAUCAUUUAUAUUGGUUUUUGAUCAAUGUCUGUGGGAUUUAUGAUAUGAUUAUGCAUGAAAAUCUUCAUAUAGACAUAAUAAUUGGUGCAUAUUUUAUGACUGCCAUAAUGUAUUAUCAGUUUAGGUCAGAAUAAACAGAACUGCUUGUGAAUCCUUGGCACUCUGUCAGAUACAAUGAUUUCCUAAUGUUUGUGAAGUUUCAAUCAAUUAAAAAUAUUUAAAAUA